AUGGCGGGCGGACGCGAGGAUCAUUUUCUCAGACUUGAAGAUUUAUGCAUAAGAUUUGUAUCUGCUCAUGGAAACCUCUGGGAUCCUAAAGUUCUCCUAGGAAUUCCAAGACAUCUCCUUCUUCCAAUUUUAGAGAAUUUCCAUCCUUUUGAUGUUGAAAGGCUUGAAGUCAGUGGCAUUUUCCAAACUGUUGGACUUGACACAGAUCAUCUUUGGAAAAAGUUUUACUUGCAUUCCUGGCCAAGAAAGAGCAAAUGGCCUGAUGUUUAUUUUACCAAAAGUGGGAUUUCAAAGGGAGGUGAAAGUUGGCGUAUUUGUUAUCUUCAAAGAUGUCUCCAAGAUGCCCUGAACUGUCAACGUGAUCUUGAUAAGGAGAGCAGUUGCUGCUCUUCUGCAGAGUUCAAUGCUGAGCGUAUUCCUUGUGACGCUGCUGUUUCUUCCAAAAACCAAAGUCUUGAAAACAUUGUCACCAUUUGUGGAAGAUAUGCAACAUACUUGCGACUUUACAACUCAGCUGUCAUUUUACUGAUUGACAAUCUGAACCUCUGUUUAAAGCUUGUGGAUUAUGUAGAAUUUCUUGAGGUUUUCCUUUUAAGAAACAAUGGAGUCAAUCAGCUGUGUCAUCUUCUUCAGCUAUUAACUUCAAGGAGACUGAAAUCUGUUGGAUUUUGCUUUUCCAAAGUUUCUGGUGUGGAAUUGUGGAGCAGGAUUUUUGACUCCUUGUCAACAAAUAGUCCACAAAAUCAGACUGACAAGGUAGAAGACAACUUUAUAAGCACAUGUACGUGUAUUUCCAGCCCAAAUUCAAAACGUAAAGCAUUCAAUGAAGAAAGCAAGUUCUCUGUCCAGCAAACUUGUAAUCAGUCAAAUUGUGGACACAGUAAGACUGCCUCGGUUCAAGUUGAUUCUAUCUUGAAUUACUCUACAGAUGCCAAUGAAGAAGGUACCUUGGACUCUUUUCAUGAGAAUGAUGAUAUUGAUAUUUAUGCCUUUGAUGACUGGAAUGACUCACCUAAAACCCAUGAAAGAACUGUAGCCAUCUCAUGUAGAGGCACCAAGUAUGGGCGAGGUGAGAAAAGAUUUGAAACUAAUAUUAGUGAUCCAUUGAGUUCAGAUCUUUAUGAUGAAGUGUUUGGUCAGAGUACCUAUGGACAGCCAAGUGAUGUCAUGGUUAAUAACUUUUGCCCUUUUGAAAACCAAGGAUUACAGAAAUCUUCAGAACCACACCAAUUUUCACCUAAAUCUUCUAUACUGGAUUCAUCAUUAACCUGGUUUCCAGCACAUACAUGUUUUCUGGUUCACUUUGAGUUGGUAGGGUUCAGGCUUUAUACUGACAUUUUUAUGACGUUUGUGCACACCCUUAAAACUUGGUUGGCCCUGGAAACGAUGAUUCUUCAAGAUAAUGGCCUUGGUCUUGUGUCAACACCUGGCAGGGAGUUUGUAGAUACACUUAGUUUUCUUUGUACUAAUGGAGGACUGCAUUCUCUUCAAAUCACAGAUAACCCAGUUAAUGAUGAAUUUACAAAACUCCUUUUUGAAAGACUUGUGGUCUCUUUGUGCUGUAAAUGUUACAAGGAUUGCAACUGUAGUCAUGGAUAUUUAACCAAAUUGAAAUUCUCAUCAAACAUAGUUUCACCAAGUACCUCUGUGUAUUUAGGAAAAGUAAUAACAGAUGUAUGUCAGUGCAAUGUAAGCAAGCAGUUCCAGGAAAAGAUGUUUGAUUCAGUAUUUCCAUUAAGUGACUCUGCCAUGAGCACUGAGGACUUGACUCAUGAAUCUCAUAGUAAGCAGAGGAGUUCAUAUGUCCAUGAUUGUUUGGCUUGUAAGAGUGGUAAAGGUGGCUGGAAAGCAAGUUGUCCAACAGGUGAUUGUGAUGGUGCCCAGAAACCAUCAGUGGGGUGCAAAAUGAAUGCUGAACCAACAGAGUCCAUGGAAUCAAUUGAAAGUUUCUCCCAAAAUAAGAACCCUUUGCUGUCAAAAAGUGGCAUGUGUGAUGUGUUUUUUGGUAUUCAAGUAAUGAAGUUGAGCUGUAUGAUUGGGGAGAAGGGUGCAAGUUUCAUUGCAGAGGGACUAAAAAGAAACAGCACUCUUCACUCUCUGACUUUGUCAGACUGUGACAUCAACACCAUUGGUCUGGCUCAGUUAUUCCAGGCAUUAACAGGUAACAGGAAUGUGAAACAUGUGUGUGUGAAAGGCAACCAUUAUGAUCCCAACAGUGACAACAGCCUUGCUGAAAUGCUUUCAUCCAGUAGCACAAUAACUGAGCUGGACAUAAGUGGUUGUCAACUCAGAGGUUUAAGUGAAAACAUAAUUGCAGCCCUGUGCAUUAACAAAACGCUGAUUACUUUGAAGUUGGCAAGGAAUGGAUUGUGUAAUAAUGAUAUCACUGCUUUGUCUGAAGUUUUCUCUCAUCCCAGCCAGCUCUCAAGAAUUUUGAAAUUAGACCUGAGGUGGGUUUUUCUUGUUUGUCUGGUAUAA